UUAAACCAUUCAAAGACAAGAAGGGCGGUUUUCUGGAAUUCUUCGAGCGGCCAUCGGCGAUGACCGACGAAGAGAUACUACGGAAGCUGGAGGACUGCACCCGGGAAGCGCCUCGUCUGCAACUCGAGACCCUUCAGACAAUUCUCGAACACAAUGGGGGCGUAAGUUAUCUGCGGCCCUAUCUUCAAAAUGCUCUCAUCGACGACAAAACCUUUCGCCGCUUCGUACCCAUUUCCUCUUACGACGACUACGCCCCUCUCAUCAAUCGCAUGGCCGACGGCGCCGAUGAUCAUCCCUCCCUUCUCUCCGUUGAUCCUCUAAUCUGCUUCUUCUACAGCUCUGGAACAAGUUCUAUGAAGCCAAAAAUGAUCCCUCAGUUUAAUUCAACACACUCAAGAGCUGCCUCUUUCUUGGCUCACCAGGGUAGCUCUGCACUUCUUCGAAGGUUGUUUCCUCCAGGUCCUUCAGUCAAUAAGGUUCUAUGGUUUCUUUAUGCUGGCAAUGUUACAGUGACUAAAGGGGGAUUUAAGGUAAUGGCUGCCUCUGCAUACCCUCUACAUAGCAAUAGCAGCAGCCCUUCUCCAAUGCUGUCCAUGUGCGUGAGUCCCCGAGAAGUCAUCUUGGGAUCGGACCUUCAGCAGCAAAUGUACUGCCACCUUCUCUGUGGAUUGAGAAACCCAAACUCGGUUGAUGGUAUUCGAGCUCCAUAUGCAGCAGGUCUGGUGAGAGCAUUUCGUCUCCUGGAAUCCAAGUGGGAGGAGCUCUGCAAUGAUCUUGAAAACGGGUCUGUGAGUUCGAUGAUCACCGAUGUUUCAAUGAGGGAUGCUGUUGCAGAGCUACUUGGUGGUCCACAACCAGAACUGUCAAAGACAAUUCGAACUGCUCCUGAAGGCCGACAGUUUGGUGGGAUUUUAGGCAAGCUAUGGCCUAAUUUGAGGUAUGUUACUUGUGUGAGUACUGGAACUAUGGAGCAGUAUUAUCCAUUAAUCAAGUAUUACGCAGGGGAGAUCCCUGUUCUGGGUGGUGAUUACUUUGCUUCUGAAUGCUGUAUUGCUAUUAAUUUGGAUCGAACCCAACCACCAGAACAGACCAGAUACGUUCUGCUACCUACUGCUGCUUAUUUUGAGUUCCUUCCUUUUGAUUUGGCCGGCAACCAUGGCGCUGCUGAAGAAACUGUGGAUAUCUCUGGGGUGGAAAUAGGGAAGAUGUAUGAAGUAGUUGUUACUACUUACAGAGGACUGUACCGAUUCCGCCUGGGUGAUAUUGUGAGAGUUUUGGGCUUCCAUAAUUUGUCUCCAGAAUUGGAAUAUGUCAUGAGAGCUCCAAAAGCUGCAGGUGAGGUUUUUACAGAAAGAGAUUUAAUGUCCGCCAUGGAAAGAUUGCAAGUCAUGUUGCGAGAUGAAGCCAUGGUAGAAGUUACAGAAUUCACAAGCUACUCGGACAUGGAGUCAAAACCAAAUCGGGUGACAAUUUUUGUGGAAGUCAUGGAUGGGUGUUUUUUUCUGCAGAAUGAUAAGGUGGAGGAAUCAACUCUUGUCCUCAGAAAAUGUUGUUCCUCUGUUGAGGAAUGCUUGGGAGGUCUAUAUAAUGUGCAGAGGAGAAGAGGAGAUCUUGGUCCUCUGGUAUUAUCUAUUGUGAAGCCUGGUAGUUUCGAUAGAUUGAUACAAGUAGCGAUGGAGAACGGAGCAUCAGCCAGUCAAUAUAAGCCACCCAAGAUUAUAAGAAACAGUGAGAUUGUAAAUUUGAUGGAAGCAUCUGUGAUUAUGACUGUACAUUCUACUGCCUAUCCCGAAGGGUGACCGAUGGUUUGAUUACUUGCAAUACUUACUUCUCUAUUGUUGACUGUA